AUGUCAAAGACCGUACUCGAUGUAUCUGGUUAUUUUGGUAAUCAUGGACAAAAUGGAAGUCAUGCGUCAAUCGCUAGUAGUGGAUGGAAAAAUGGGAAUCAUGGAAAUAAUGCUACAAAUCCUACUAGAGGAGGCGAUGCCGGAGAUAUCGAUUUGAAUCUAGCAGAAAGAGAUAGCAUUAUUGGUGCCUCGAUUGCAUUUUCAGGGAAAUAUCGUGAACGUGCACCAGGUUACGCUAUUAGGGAUUAUCAAAACACUUUAUCAUGCACUAAUGUUAAUAUGUUUGUGUUAAAUGCUCGCGGAGGAGAUGGAGGAAAUGGCGGCAUUGGUGGGGAUGGUGGCAAUGGUGCCAUGGGUUCUCGUGGGAUUGAUGCUACUAGAUAUACCAGCGGGACUAAUGGAGGAAGAGGUGGUGACGGUGGUAAUGCGGGUGCAGGAACUAGUGGUGUUGCGGGUGGAAAUGGAGGCAGAAUCAUCUUACGAAUGAAUGAUACUGACGCAGGAUUACUGUUGUUGUUUGUGAAUUCAUGGACUCCAAGGGGUUUUUCUGGCCCUUCGGGUUCUAAUGGAGUACGCCCAACAUUUCCUCUUUACAAUGGUGCAGCAGGAGCUAACGGUGCUUUCCGAUUUAUGAUUAAAAAUAGCUUUACAGAUAUAGUUACAGAAUAUAAUGAAAUUUUUGAUAUACGCUUGAAUAAUGUUAUUACUCAUUCCACUACAGGAGCUUAUGAACCUGAAGCCAUAAUCAUUAUAGAUUAUUUAACGGUUCGCAAUACAUCUAGCAUGCCUACACCAAGACGGGAUAUCCGCAUUAACAUUAAUGAUAGAACAUGGAUCCAUAACCAACGACCAAAGGAACAUAUCGUGCUACCAAACUUGAUUGAUAAACAUUCUUAUAGAGAUGUUAAUUGUUCUCAACCUUUUUCUUUUCGUCUCAAGGGGCAUAUAGUUAAUAAGCCAGGACCACCUCUUCGAGCAACUGAUUCACUGUUUUUUACAGCAACAAUGACAGGGCUAGAAAGGAUGCUUCCAGCCUUCAAUCUCAUUGGACAUCCUAUUAAUAUUCAAUUUCCUAUAGAGCUCACCCAAAUUUCACAUAUGAAUUCUAUGGUUGUUGGCCAUGUGACUAAAGUUAUCUGGAAUGUAACAAACACAUCAAAAGUGGAUUUCGGCGCUCUCUCAAACAAUAAACGUCUUAUUUGUGUCAGAUUAUGUAAAAUUGGUGGUGAAGUUUCAUCUUCUGCUUUAAAAUUUGGUUUGAUUCCAUAUCAGAAAGGUGUUAGUAUCAUUCCACCAGUGCAAACUAUGGAAAACGAAUAUAUUUUCGAUAUUCCUUUGUUAAAAGCUGGUAAAACGUUAAGAUUAGAGGCUACUUUAACAUUAACUGAAGCAGAGGCAUUUGAAUAUGCAGAAUUUUGGCUAUAUUUGGAGCUUGGCAAAAUUAAUGAACCUUCUUCACCAAAAAUUGUUCAUAUACAAUCUUUUGAUGUCAGAGUAUCAACUAUCUACCGUGGGUUCCCUCAAGGUUUCUAUCCAGAUGUCCUUCUUGUCGCAAAUCACAAAACAGCACGCAAUGAGUAUUUGGCAUGGGUUAAACUAUUUAAGAAAGUCCUUGGUCUCGGGUUUUUUAUUUGGGAUAUAUCACAAAUGGGUCAUUUUGGUCUUAUGAGGGACAUAAAAACACUUUACUCGGUAGAACCUACUACAUUAAUGAAGGAUCUUGCUGAAAAGACAAUGAUUAUACUAGAUAACGGUUUUGAAUAUGGUGAUAAUCGACGAAAAGUCACUGCACUAAACUUUGUAUUAAAGAAUGAGUGGAUGGAA